AUGACGUUGAUCGGACUCCGGCAACCUUUGACCGAGCUCUGGGGACCGUUGACCGGACUCUGGGGGUUGAUGAUCGGACUCCAGGGACAGUUGACCGGGCUCCUAGGAUCGUUGACCGGGCUCUGUCCCCGCGAAGCUUUCGGGAAGAGGGGUAGCCUUGUGUGUAAGCAUAGCAUUUCUGGUCGAACCCGCCCAACCCAACUAAGAAGAACCGAACCUGACAGACACAUCUUUUGCCUUUUGGGAGGGUACUCUGAGCAGCUUUCACCUCUUUCAACCAUUUAUCCAUUCAUCUCUAGUUCUCCACCUCAGAAGAUUCUCCUCAAUUUGAAGAGUUUAAGGGUUAGGUUUUCUAUUGGGGACGAGGCACACUUUUGGACGAUGGACAGAGCCAGAAGAACGAGCCGAAAAGGGUUGGAAGGCCUUUUUUGCAGAUGGCAAAUCCCAUAUGAUUUCAGUAAGUCUUGAAGGGAAUAAGUAGCUGAAUGUCCGAUCCCAUUUAUGUUUAUUGAAAUUAGCUGCUUCUCAAGACUAUAAGUUGCUCCAUGUUGGUUCUUCAAUGCCAUGACUUUGUUAUGCAGAUGCACCUAGAUUUGAAACAUAAGAAGUUUGAUGAGAACAAAGAUCCCUAACUACACAGGAUGUUAUCACAUUUCUAGUCUAAGGUACAUGACCUGUACUUAUUUUUUU